AUGGCGCCCAUAGUGAGCUCAGCAUCAAGCUCCCCGUCCGCCUGGUCGACAACAUCGGACCCCUCAUCGCCAGAGUCGGCCGUAUCCUACUCCUCCUCUUCCUCGCCGACGCAGACGCUGCCCCUCCCACACAGAACGAAAACGGCCCGCUCCGAGGCGAAGAGCAAGACCUUUCUGUGGAUUGACUCCCAGGCCGACGACGGGAAAGGAUCGACGGUGCGGAAGCAGAAACAGGCGUUUGUUGUCAAGAAGAUCCACGAGGAGAGGAAGAAGGCGUCGAUAGAGCGGCUGAAGGCUACGAAGCCGCCGCCUCCAGCAGCGCCGCCGAAGCCCAGUUUGGCGCUGGAAAGAUCUGGAACUAUACAGCGUGCUAUUGAUGAUGGGCAAGAGGGCCAGGAAGAGGAUAUUACUCGUCCAAGCCCGGAAGAGGCGAUUGCCAUGGCCGAGGCCUGGUCGUUGAUGCCGUAUCUGAGUCAGGGUUUCAUGGACCCGUUCAAUUGCUACUCGAUAGACAUGACGAGUACGAUGCACAUGUAUCUGGAUUACUUUAGGAUCCACGGUACUGCAGCUGCAUACCCCCUCAACGGGCUAUCGAUGGGUGUCUUCCUGUGGAAGAAUGCAAUUACGAUACCGGCAUUGCUCAAUAUACUUCUAUACUUCAGUGCCAAGCAUCUCACAGUCCUUGGAUCGAAAAAUGGUGUCUCUGCUGAACGCACCGAGUUUCACACCAAGGACUCCUGGCGGCUUCAAGGCAAUGCUCUCAAGCAUUUGAAUAAUCUGCUACAGGACCCGAAGAGGGCAGUCACUCAACCGACAAUCAUCACCAUUGCGUGCUUUAUCACAAUUGAGGCUAGCAUGGCAAACCUUGAGGCCGUCGAAGCACAUCUAAAGGGUCUGAAACGACUCGUCGACCUGAUCGGCGGUCUCGACUCCCUAGCACACAUGACCCUAUCCAGACUAUACCAAUGCGACGUCAAAGGCGCCUCCGUCCGCCAAUCCCGCCCAAUCUUCCCCAUGUCCCCACGCUUCCGCAGCGGAAUCAUCCACGAAUCCAACGUCCUAUCCCUCGACCAAGCCUACGAGCCCCCUCUCGCCCUCACAACGCUCGGAAGACGCUUCACCAGCGGACCCUGGUUCGCCGACAUCGACAUGCAACUCCAAGCCUCCGUCGAGAUCUGCCGGCGGAUCAUACUGUAUUUUGAAUCGGCCCGCAUACACCCGGAGCUCGGCACGCCGACGGAUAACGACCUCCUUGUCUGCACGGAGCACCAGCUCCACUCGCUGUCAUUUCCGACGGGCGAUAGCCUGAACGAACCGCUGCGGCUGAGCCUGCUUAUAUACCUCAACACGCGCGUCUGGCAUCUGGGCAAACUACCCAUUAUGGGCCGCCUCGUGGGCCCCCUGAAAGCAAGUCUUGUACAGCAGCUCCCCUUCUUCCAAGCGCUUGCACCAGACCUCAUCUUCUGGAUCUUGUUCAUGGGCGGCAUGGCGGCGAGAGCGUACCCCGUGUAUCCGUGGUUCGUCACCCGCCUCGCGGAAACAGCCACGCUGCUGGGGGUACGGGAGUGGGGCGAGGUGAGAGCAUUGCUCGGCGAGUUCUUCUAUACGAAUCAGCCCGGGGAAACGCCGGCGGAGGAUCUGUGGGAUGAGGUGUUGCUUGAUGGGGCGCAGACGUAUAUCGCGCCGACUGGUGGGCUGCAGGUUUUGCAUAUUUAG